CGCACCGGGCCUCCCUGUAGCACUACGGCUAGUUCGUUUUUUUUACAGAUUUGUGAAGUCUACGUGAAGUGUGCGAACGUGUUUUUGGGCUCAUAAACUGCCCUGCUGCGGGCUUGAAAGGACUCCGAGUCCAGAAACAUGUUUACGAGUUAUUCACAAUGGAGGAAAAUAUAAAACGGCACGACAGAGUGGCGUUAGCUCUUCAACGUGACAUCGUAACGUUAAUUUAACGUGAAAUGGAUGAAGGCGACUCUAUUUCACAACGAAGCUUGCAGCUAAAGUAGAGUGAGCAGGAUGGGGGAGCGGGCCGUCAGCAGCCCCAUGGCUGCAAUCUCUCCGGUGCAGCAGAUGCUGGCUUCUGGCACUGGAGCCCUCCUCACAUCUGUUUUUGUCACACCGCUGGACGUUGUGAAGAUCAGGCUGCAGGCUCAGCAAACACCGUUCCACCAAGCUUUAGCCUGUGAAUCUGCUCCGCGGGUUGGCAUCAUCCGCCCUUCCAAGUGGAAAUGUUUCCUGUAUUGUAAUGGACUGAUGGAUCACAUCUAUGUGUGUCAGAAUAGAACCAGUUGCACCAGCUGGUACAAAACGCCAACACAGUUCAGUGGCACACUUGAUGCUUUUGUGAAAAUCACUCGAUAUGAAGGACUCAGGUCUUUGUGGAGUGGGCUACCACCAACGCUGGUUAUGGCUGUACCUGCCACCAUCAUCUACUUCACCUGCUAUGACCAGCUGAGGGACUUCCUGAGAUAUGGUCUGGGUUUCCAAGGCAACCACAUCCCUCUUGUUGCUGGCGGUCUGGCCAGAUUGGGGGCUGUGACCGUGAUCAGCCCUCUGGAGCUGGUCAGGACCAAGAUGCAGUCCCGCCGGCUGUCCUACAGCGAGCUGCGGGUGUGUAUCCGGUCUGCUGUGGCCCAGGGCGGCCUGCUGUCACUGUGGAGGGGCUGGGGACCCACCGUUCUCAGAGACGUCCCCUUCUCUGCUUUGUACUGGUUUAACUAUGAACUGGUGAAGGCCCGGCUUUGUGAACAGUCCCAGAUGACUCAGGCCAACUUCUCUAUCAGCUUUACUGCAGGAGGCGUCUCUGGAGCUAUUGCUGCAAUCCUGACGCUGCCUUUUGAUGUGGUGAAGACACGGAGACAGAUCCAGCUGGGAGAAAUGGAUACACUGGGAGUUUCCUUAAAGAGAACCACGUCCACAUGGCACAUAAUGAAAGAAAUAUGGACUGAGUUGGGCUACAGGGGCCUUUUUGCAGGUUUCAUGCCCAGGGUGAUCAAAGUGGCCCCAGCCUGUGCUGUUAUGAUAAGCACCUAUGAAUUCGGAAAGGCCUUCUUCCAAAAGAUGAACCUUGAUCGAGAGUGACUGACGUCAGCGCUUAAGGGAAGGAACGUGUACCAAACGACACUAAUUCGGAUCACACCUCCGUGCACAUUUCCAAAUGAUAAUGAUGAGUGUUAGAGUGUGAAAGUCACAGGUUUAGUACCACCACGCCUGUCCUUGAUGAAGACCCUAAACCCAAUCACCCACUCUACAGGACAGCGUUGUAAGAUCCAACGAUUAAGUCAGAGGAAAACAUCCUCAUUCCUACAUUUUGCAUUGCCUGUGACCAACCGCAUGGUGUGCACAGCCACUAUUCAAUACAGAAUUCAGAUAAACUGUGUUCGCAUUAGUGCUUUAGAUGAGCAGUAAAGCAUGGCAUUUUUCUGUUUGGUAUGAUAGAUUUGAUCAUUUGUAGAACUUUACAUUUGCAAGACAAGUGCUGUAAAAUUAAAUGUUAAAAAAUAGCUACAGGGUUUUAUGUUUGUUGAAUGUAUAUUCCUCUUUUUUUGUUCUCAUAACUGGAGGAAAGUCACAGUAUACGAAACACAAGGACUGAUGGCACAAUUAAAGCGAGCCUUCUUGGAAGAUGUUUUCAUUUCGGUGCAUGAAUUUAGCAUUUUAUGCUAUGAUUAUAUUUUAAAACAUUCAUGAACAUUAUAGCAAAAGCACCUCAGCCAUCUUCCCAGCAAUCAACUUUUGCCAAGACUUUUUAGGUAAUAGGUAAAAGACAACACAAAAGGCUUUUCAAACUUUCCCCUGGUGGAACUCUGGUGGUUGAAAUGCUUGAAAAUGUGUUGCAACACUGGAUCAUAAAAGAAAAUAUUGCUGCCUUAACGUGAAAGGUAGAAAUGUAUUGUUGUUUUUUUUAUUAAUUAAAUGCUAAUAAGUGCUAAGAGCUUGA